AUGGCAGGUUCAACCAGCACCCCCAAAACGCCCUUGGGUUGCAUGCUCAGUCACUUCAAAGAGGCGUACCGGGAUGGGGCAGAUUAUGGGAUCGCGUUAAAGAAGCAGAGGCUCGUUCUAUUCUGCAGGAAUGAGUGGCCCACCUUCGGGGUGGGAUGGCCCCCCCCCCAGGGUAGUUUUAAUAAGCAAGUUGUAAACGAGGUUUGGAGAAUAGUGACGGGGACCCCCGGCCAUCCCGAUCAGUUCCCCUACAUUGACGUCUGGCUGGACCUUAUUACCCACCCCCCUCCCUGGGACGCCCCCAAAGUCCUCCAGGAGUCCCAGGAGGAUGAUCUUCCCCCUCCUUAUAACCCGGGCACCCUUCGGGACAUUCCGCAGUCUGGGGGCCCUGGACUCUACCCCCCACUGCCUCCUUCCGCGUCGUCGCCAGAUUCUCCUGGCCUCCCAGCAACACCGCCCGGGCCCCUAUCCCCCCCUCAUACUAGGACCGGGGCAAGUUAUCAUUCCGGCGAGAAGUCCUCCUCUGUCAUUCUUCCCCUCCGGGAGGCACCCAAUCCCGAGGGAAGUCCUUUCCUGGUCCCUUUCUCCACCAGUGAUAUUUAUAAUUGGAAAACUCAGAACCCUCCCUUCUCCGAGAAACCACAGGCCUUGAUUAGCCUCCUAGAGUCAGUUUUCCACACCCACCGGCCCACCUGGGAUGACUGCCAGCAACUCCUCCCUGCUCUCUUUACAACAGAGGAGAGGGAGCGAAUCCGUUUGGAAGCGCGCAAGGCAGUACUGGGCCCGGGAAGCGGGGCAGUGGAAGAGCGGAGGGACGAGGUCGAAAGGUCUUUCCCUUCCUCCCGUCCGCGCUGGGACCCUAAUUUCUCUGCGGGCCGUGAUUCAUUGGACACUUACCACCGGUACCUGUUGCGGGGCCUGAAAGCCACAGCCCGAAAGCCUACAAAUUUGUCCAAAGUGUCCGAGGUAGUGCAGGGCACCCAAGAGUCACCGAGGGCAUUUCUGGAACGACUCUAUGAAGCCUAUAGACCCUUCACCCCCAUUGACCCUGAGGCCCCGGAGAAUGCACGCGCGUUGAACGUGGCGUUUGUCACUCAAUCAGCCCCCGAUAUCAGGAAGAAGCUUCAGAAGCAAGAGGGGUUUGAGGGCAUGAACAUGUCCCAGCUAGUCGAAAUAGCUCAGAAAGUUUUCAACGCACGAGACGGCCCCUCCGAAAAAUCAGAUAAACGCCUCGCUUCUAGUGGCAGCCCUCAAGGAAGCUCCGUCUGCUUCCGGCCCCCGCCACAGAGGACCACCCCGGUCCAGGGGGCUACAGGAAAUGUCACUUCUUGCCCUUGGACAUCCGCGCGCACCGUUGACCUGGGCCGGGGCACGGUCACACGCUCCUUUCUUGUGAUGCCUGACUGUCCUUAUCCCUUACUAGGUCGGGAUCUCUUGCAAGAACUCCAGGCCACCGUUUCUUUCCAAGGGGGCUCAGCGUCUCUUGAUCUGGACCCUGCUUCCCCUAAUUCCCCUCCGUCUGUUCUCGUUACCCUGCCCCUGUCCUCUGAGUUCCUGCUCCACGGAACGGCAGUGGGUGACACUGCUAGUCCUCAUCUACAAGAACUUCUUACCUCUUUCCCUGGGGUGUGGGCUGAAUCUAAUCCCCCGGGGCUGGCCUCCCAUCGCCCACCUCUGGUGGUCCAGCUUCUUGCUACGGCUUCUCCUGUCUCGGUCCACCAGUAUCCCAUGUCUGCCGAGGCCCACCGGGGAAUAGUGGUCCAUAUCUCUCGCCUAAAGGAAGCGGGCAUCCUUGUCCCCUGCCAGUCUCCCUGGAAAACCCCCCUCCUCCUGGUUAGAAAACCAGGCACCUCUGACUAUCGGCCUGUCCAGGACCUUCGAGAGGUCAAUAAGCGGGUCGAGACUAUUCACCCCACUGUUCCUAACCCAUAUACCCUGCUUACUCUUCUGUCCUCAGAUCAUUCCGUCUACACCGUCCUGGACCUAAAGGAUGCCGCCUUCUCCAUUCCUCUGGCCCCCACCAGUCAGCCCAUUUUUGCCUUCCCUUGGGUUGAUCCCACGGGGGGUUUCUCCGGUCAACUAACCAGGACCCAUCUACCCUAAGGCUUCAAGAACUCUUCCACUCUCUUCGAUGAGGCUCUCCAUCAGGACCUCCUGUCUUUCCGCACCUCUAAUCCAGCCCGCUCCCUCAUCCAGUAUGUUGAUGAUUUACUCCUGGCAGCUCCCUCCGAGACCCUCUGUCUUGAGGCCACCCGGUCGCUCCUCUCGCUCCUGCAGUCCCUGGGUUAUAGGGUUUCCUCCAAAAAGGCCCAGAUUUGUCAGCUCUCCGUUACCUACCUUGGCUAUCUCCUCUCUGCCGGAAAACGCGUCCUCUCGAGGUCUAGGAUCCAGGCUAUUCUAGCCGUCCCCACCCCUUCCGCAAAAAGACAGGUGCGUGAGUUUUUGGGUACGGUGGGGAACUGCCGCUUGUGGAUCCUGGGCUUCGCCGAGAUCGCUAAGCCCCUGUACUCGGCUACUGCGGGGUCUGGUCCCUUCUGCUGGACACAUGGGACACAUACUUCUCUGGAGUAGGCGUUUGACUCCCUGAAGCAGUCUCUCCUCUCCGCGCCGGCCCUUGCCCUUCCUGAUAUUACUAAACCUUUCCAUCUUUUCGUUGCGGAAUCCAAGGGGGUCGCAAAAGAUGUCCUCACCCAGACCCUCGCGUACCUGUCCAAACGCCUCGACCCUGUUGCCUCGGGUUGGCCACCCUGCCUUCGGGCGGUGGCAGCCACUGCCCUCCUGGUCAAAGAGGUGGAUAAGUUAUCCCUCGGGCAGCCCCUUGCCAUCACAGCCCCCCAUGCGGUCGAGGCUCUUCUCCGUAGCACCCCUCACCUCUGGCUCUCUAAUUCCCAUUUAACCCACUACCAGGCUCUACUACUCGACCAGCCCCGUCUCACGUUUUCUAGAACCUCUGCUCUGAAUCCGGCCACCCUCCUCCCGGACUCGGAUGUGUCCGAUACGACCCGGCCCCUCCAUGACUGUUUUCAGCUUCUCGAUGAGGUCCAGCCUGCCAGUCCCGACCUUUCUGAUCACCCCUUGUCCGACCCGCAGCUAACCCUUUUCACCGACGGCAGCAGCUUCAUCGAAUCCGGCCUUCGGCGGGUUGGGGCUGCGGUAGUCUCGUUCCCAUCCCUCUCGGUCUUCUGGUCCUCCUCUCUCCGCCCCGGUUCAUUGGCCCAAAAGGCCGAAUUGGUUGCUUUAACCCAGGCCCUCUGCCUGGCAGAGGGGAAGUCCGCCAAUAUUUUCACGGAUAGCCGCUAUGCCUUUGCCACUGCCCAUGUGCAUGCCGCCUUAUACCAUGAGAGAGGCCUCCUAACCUCUGCCGGGAAGGCCAUUAAAAACAAAGAAGAGAUUCUGUCCUUGCUUGACGCUGUCCGGAUGCCUGCCCGAGUGGCCAUCAUCCACUGCCACGGACACCAGCCCGGGAACUCACCCGAGGCCAUUGGUAACCGGGCGGCGGAUGAGGCUGCCCGAGAGGCAGCGAUGUCGGUGUCCUCUACUCCCUUGUGCCCCGUUUUUGACCCUAACAAUUCGCCCGCUCCUUCUUACUCCCCCUCGGAUGAUUCCUUCGCCAAACAAAAAGGGGGAACUAGGGAUGGGUCAGGAUGGUGGGUCCUACCAGAGGGAAGAAUUUUUGUCCCAGAGGCAGUAGGGAGAGAGUGGGCCACACGGCUACACCAGAUCACUCAUCUAGGGGCAAGGAAAAUGGGUGUGCUUUUAAGAGACAGGUACUUUAUCCCACACUUGGACAACGUCUUAGCCAGCACAGCCGCCCGGUGUGGGUCAUGCGUAUGGGUGAAUGCUAAGCAGGGGAAGGUUGCUCCCCCAGGGAUCGGACUGCGAGGACUGCAACCAGGUGAAAACUGGGAAGUUGAUUUCACGGAGGUCAAACUCCCGGCAGCAGGCUACCGAUACCUUCUAGUAGAUACUUUCUCAGGUUGGGUGGAAGCCUUUCCAGUAAAACAUGAAACAGCCCUAGUGGUGGUAAAAAAAAUUCUGAAUGAGAUUCUCCCGCGCUUUGGUCUUCCGCUUGGGCUUGGAUCUGACAAUGGCCCAGCAUUUGUGGCCAAAGUAUCCCGAGGAGUAACAAAGGCUUUAGGGGUAGAAUGGAAGUUGCACUGUGCUUAUCAACCUCAGUCACACUGUUUAACACUGUGCAACCUGAGACAUCUGGCUUAA